UCCAAGAAAAUUUACAGAGAGACAAAAUGGCGAUGAAGAAACUGUUGAUGAUCUCCUUCUUACUAAUCUCUCUUCUCUUCUCAUUCCUCUAUAUUCUCCCGACAACUACAACUCUCUUCACUUCCUCGAAAAUCCCUAUUUUACCCCUCGAAUCCGACCAAAAACCCAACUCUACACUCCCCUGUUUCGCCUACCUAAUCUCCGCCUCCAAAGGCGACACCGGAAAACUCAAACGCCUCCUACGAUCUCUAUACCACCGCAGAAACCACUAUUUGAUACACCUAGACCUCGAGGCGCCCGAGGAGGAGCAUUUGGAGAUGGCCCGGUUCGUGGCCGGAGAGCCUCUGUUUCAGGCGGAGGGUAAUGUGAUGAUCGUCGGAAAACCGAAUCUGGUGACUUACAGAGGACCAACGAUGCUCGCGACGACGCUUCACGCAAUGGCGUUGCUCUUGAGGUGUUGUCGGUGGGAUUGGUUCAUUAAUCUCAGUGCUUCUGAUUAUCCUCUCGUCACACAAGACGAUCUGAUCUAUGCUUUUUCUGAGCUGCCUAGAGAUCUCAACUUCAUACAGCACACAAGCCGAUUGGGAUGGAAAAUGAACAAAAGAGGGAAACCAAUAAUAAUAGAUCCAGGGCUUUAUAGCCUCAACAAGUCAGAGAUUUGGUGGGUUAUUAAACAGCGAAGCCUCCCUACUUCUUUCAAGCUCUUCACAGGUUCAGCGUGGACAUUCCUAUCAAGACCGUUCUCAGAAUAUUGCAUAAUAGGUUAUGACAACUUACCAAGAACACUCCUUCUCUACUACACCAACUUCGUUUCAUCUCCGGAAGGCUAUUUUCAGACACUCAUAUGCAACUCGGAUGAGUUCAAGAACACGACUGUGAACCACGACCUCCACUACAUUGCGUGGGACAAUCCGCCAAAGCAGCAUCCUAAGACUCUAGGGACGAGAGAUUACAGAAAGAUGGUGAUGAGCAACCGACCAUUCGCAAGGAAGUUCAAGAACAAUGACCCGGUUCUCAAUAGGAUAGACCGAGAGAUUCUGAAUAACAAGCGGAAGCGUUGGUCGAAACCUGGUCCGGGUCCGGGGGCUAGGAGGUUAAAGAGUUUACUAAUGAGGCUUAUGUUGAGAAAAAACUUUGUCAAUAGGCAAUGUAGAUAGGAAGUGUGAGUUACACUACUCUACAUCAACACACGCCUCUGAUCUUAUUCUUUUUUGGGAAUUUUUUUUAUUAUGGUUGUUUGAUCUUUUAUGAUUCAUAAUAAAAUCAGAAAAAAUUUAGA